ACAGUUCGGUCACGUGCGUAAAUUCCAACCAAUUCGAGACGAGCAGGUUGUUGCCAUGGCAAUAUUAAUUAGUUUGUUUAUUUGUUUGCGAAAUGUCGAUGUCGGAGUUUUGAAUGUUGCUUCUUUUCGAGUGAUUAUUUUUAUUAAUGUAUUUGUAAUAUUUCGUUUUUAUCGCCUGAUGGAGACGUCCGAGCCUUCGACCGAUGCCAAACAUCUGGUCGGCCCGAGGGAAGUCAUCGUCUUGGAGGUGUCGGAUAGAGAGGAUUCUUCCGUCGGAGGUUCGUCGGAGGACGAGGAGAAGAUCCCGAUUUCCAAGGAUAAACCACCGGAAUACUGGCACAUCCAGAAGCUGGUCAAGUAUUUGAAGUCUGGCAAUCAGACGGCGACGGUGGUGUCGCUCUGUUGCCUCAAAGAUCACGAUUUAACGAGUCAGAUCAAUCAGUGCGCGAUACAGGAUAUCGGCGGUCUGGAGAUCUUGAUCAACUUGCUGGAGACGGACGAUUUGAAAUGCAAAUUGGGAACGUUGAGCGUCCUCACCGAGUUGUCGCAGAACAUGGAGAUCAGGAGGUGCAUCACCGACUUGGGUGGGAUUCCGCUGCUUCUAAAGAAUCUGACGAUCCCGGCGCGCGAUUUGCAGAUUCACGUGGGCGAGACUCUUUACAAUGUCGCGCAGAUAAGUAAGGCGCGGAAGCACGUGCGCAAGUACAACGGUAUAGAGAAGCUGGUGGAUCUGCUGGAUAUCAGCGAGCAUCUGCUGCUGACGCCUCUGGAGGAGCUGAACGCUGACAGUCGUUUGUGCGUGGGAGUGGUGCAGGCUGCGGCGAGAGCUUUGUGGAGCGUGUCGAGGAGCAGCAAGAAUAUUCAGGUCAUGAUGAAGAGCGGCAUCAUACCUCUGAUAGCCAGAUUGCUGCACUGCGUCCACAUGGGGGUGAUUAUACCGAGCGUCGGGGUAAUAGCGCAAUGCUCCAACGAUUCCAGCUAUCAACUGGCUAUACAAACGGAAGGGAUGAUCAAAGACAUCGUCAAGCAUCUCGCCAAUCCGGAUGAGCCUCAGCUGAGGAGGUAUUGCGCCGAGAUUAUAUUCAAGUGUUCCGAGGACGCGAUGACCAGGGAUAUGGUGAGACAGGCGGGCGGUUUGGAUCCUCUGGUGACGAUGGCCAAAGACGUCGUUUCCAGGGAGGACAAGAAUUUGCUUGCUGCUGUUACCGGUGCUAUUUGGAAGACUGCCAUUAGCAAGGAGAACGUGGAGCGUUACGAGCAGAUGGCCACGGUGCAGGUGCUCGUGAAGCUUCUGGAGAACGUGGACGAGAAGGAGGAGGUUCUUUCGAACGCGGUCGGUGCGCUCUCCGAGUUUGUGCGGCACGAUCAUAACAGGGAGACGCUGAGGAGAUGCAACGGCAUUCCUUUGGUGGUGAAUCUGCUCAAUUACACGUUUCCACCGCUUCUGGAGAACGUCCCGAUGGUUAUUAGAGAGUGCGCCAAGGAGCCGGCUUCGAUGCGUAUCAUCGAGCAGCUGGAUGGAGUCCGGCUGAUUUGGUCUUUGCUCAAGAACAGUUCGCACAAGGUUCAAGCUCACGCCGCUUGGUCUCUAGUGCCUUGCAUUAAAUACGCGAUGGAUUCUGGUGAGAUGGUGCGAAGCUUCGUCGGCGGUUUGGAGUUGAUCGUGAAUUUGCUAAAGUCCAAGGAUAACGAUGUGCUGGCUUGCGUUUGCGCCGCCAUCGCCGAGGUGGCCAAAGACACGGAGAAUCUUGGAGUCAUCACCGAUCACGGUGUCGUUCCCAUGCUGGUUCACCUGGUGACCACGCAGGAUACAAAGCUUCGAGAGCAUUUGGCCUCGGCUAUAGCUUACUGCUGCGCGUGGGGUUCCAACUGCAAGAUGUUUGGAAGGUUGGGAGCGAUAACGCAUUUGGUCGGUUACAUGGCUUCGAAUGAUGUUAACACGCACAGGAAUACGGCUGUGGCUUUGUUCUAUCUCUCGAAGAAUUCCUUCAACUGUAUAACAAUGCACGAGUGCGGCGUGGUGCCGUUCUUGCUGCGAUCCGUCGCUUCCGAGGAUAAGGAACUGCAGCAGGCGUGCGCCGGAUGCUUGGCGAACAUCAGAAGACUCGCCUUGGAAGCGGAGACUUAUCAUCUGAUUACGCGCGGAAAACCUCCGGAGGAGUCUUCGUCUUCGUCCAGCGAAGAGAACAACGAUUAGGUGAAAGGUGAAGCAGCCUUUCCAUUAAUGCAAAGAAGAAGGAAAGGGGGGGUCGGCUAAUUACACGCCACUUAUCCGUUAAACACCGUAAUUUCGUUUCAUUAGCUCGUUGUUUACGAGCGAUGUCUUUUAGAUUCGAUUUGCAUUGGACUGAAUCGGUGACACUGCAAUUCCAUGUUUUACAGAGAGGAUUCAUUUCUUGAAGUUAACACCGCAUAUUUCAAAG